AUGAAUUGGUGGUACAUGACCAUCUCUGGGCUUAUCGUAGUGGUGCUUAAAAUUGUCGGAAUGACCUUAUUUCUGCUUUAUUUCCCACAGAUUUUUGGCAAAAAUGAUGACAGCUUCAGUCCCACAGGAAGCUAUGGAACAGUCUGCCCCAGCAGUUGGAAUUUUCAUCAAGGAAGAUGCUUUUUUUUGUCUACCUCUGAAAUGUCUUGGAACAAAAGCAUGGACAUGUGUAAAGAGCAAGAAUCGACUUUGGCCAUUGUCAACACGCCAGAGAAACUGAUGUUCCUCCAGAAGAUAGCUGGACCUGAGAAGUAUUUUAUUGGCUUACUAUACCAGCAUGCAAAGAAAAAUUGGCACUGGAUCAACAACUCUGUUUUCAAUGGCACGAUUACCAAUCAGCUUCAGGAUUUCCACUGUGUGACCAUAGGCCUAACAAACACAUUUGAUGCUGCGUCAUGUAACACCCCAUACCGCUGGAUCUGUGAAAAGCGUGCCAAGUGA